AUGCCCGGACCACGUGGAAAGGGAAAGUCUGGACGUCCCAAGGCUCGGACACCAUCUACCGCGUCGGGCUCGACCGCCCAUAACACCUACACCAUCCCGGAGGGGUUCUUCGCCGACAUCGACAAUGCAGGGACAUGGCGGCUGAUUGUGGAUGUACUGUGUGAAUACCUGGCGCUUCCAGACCUUGGGACGAGGAGCGGCUUGAAGAAAGUUCACGCUCACUUCCCUGAAAUGUCUAAAAAGCUCGAUACCAUGUACAUCGCUGCGCAGAAGAAGGGCAACGAACGCCUUAUGGGCGGCAUCGUUGGCGUUUGGGCGAAGAUGUGCGCCGACUCUAUCCUAAGAGACAAGCUCUUCCAAGAAGGGCUGCUCUCCAAGGUUAUGCCACUCAUUGAAUACGAUUCCACCCGCCAUAUGGCACUGAAUGCGCUCUCUGUCGUCACACACCACGGCGGCGUUGUCGCCCGGCGCGAAAUUGCGCGCAAGAACCCUGUGCUUAUGAAGCUCAUACAGGCCCACCCGGAUGACGCGAAGGUGCUGGAACUGGCGACCGUGACCAUGGCGCACGCGACUAACGCCGUGUUGAGCGUCGAAGACCCGCCAGAUUCGGGGCUCGUGAAGGAGAUUCAGGUCCGCAAUGUCCUCAAUACGACCGUCGAGAACGUCCGGAAACCAAUCGCGACGCACUACAUGAUCGACCACGCAUUCGGUCUCCUCACAAGUGCGACACGCCAUUGUCCAACGGACUGCAAGUCGACGCCGUCCAUGCUCACGCUACUGGUGUCCUGCCUCCGAAGCGCCAAUAUCAUCACGCGCUGCAGUGCGCUCGGUGGGCUCAUCCGCCUCACCGCGAACGAGUCCGAGCCAGACCGGCAGAACUUCGACCCGCAACGGCUCAUCACCGCCGUGCAGCGAGGUUUCCCCGACAACCUGUCCGACCUCAUGAUGGACUACGGCUUCGAGCGCUGCGACACGACGCUCACGCUCAAGAGCACCGCGGACUACCAGCGCGCGAUGAUGCAGUGCGCACAGGACCACGACCUCUACUCGCUCGGGCGCACCCUCGCCAUGCUCAUCCAGCGCACCGAGUUCUCCAUCGCCGAGGGCAUGUUCCAGGCAGAUGGCCCGCGGCGCGAGGCGAUCGACAUCGGGCUGCCGUUCACGAUGUGGACGGACUCGCUGCCGCACUGUGCGCGUGCGCUCCGCGCCCGAGGCUCCCGCACGGACUUGGAUAUGGCGGACGUGCUCGACCUCAAGUUCUUCAUCAUCCGGUCGCGCAUUCCCGACGCGAUCGCGCUCGGGCAGCGUGCGGUGGAGCGGAACCCGGACCUUGCGUACGCGUACUACGCGAUCAGCAUGGGCGCGGACCACCAACAGGGCCUGCGCGCGGUGAAGAAGGGCCUGAAGUGCAAGACGAUCACGCCGUUCGUGCGCCAGUACCUACUUUGGCGCGCGGUGGAGCAUGCGGGCGACCUCGGGGUGAGCACCCUGCAGGACGCGAAGAGCGAGGGGAAGGACUACGCAGAGGGCAUUGCGUUUCUUAUGUCAGCAUGGGAGGACGCAAAGACGUUCACAGCGGAGGCGCCACCCGAUAACCGCCACAUGCAGACCAUCCUCAACUGGUACAUCAUCCUCACUAUCGCCAUAAAGGGCCCAGAGCUCAGCGAAGACUUGCGGGAGCUUGCAGCCGCACGGCGCAAGCUCGACACAUCCACGCAGUUCAUGACCACGAUCGGGUUCACGAUCAAGAAUACGCAGAUGCGGCUCGCGCGUGUCCUCAUCCUCGAGCUGUACCCCAAGGCCGUGAAGGAGUGGGGCGCGUUCGUCGUGCGCUUCGACGAGCUCGACUCCGGGCUCGACAAGCAGAAGCCGCUCUCGUCGACGCAGGCGGAUGACGACCUCGCAGCGUGGCUCGACAACCUGAAGCUCGACGACGGCACGGACGAGCACGGCCACGCGCAUCCGCACGCGUGCAGCCACCCGAAAAUCAGCAUGAACAACGUCGCGCUGUACCGCUGCUCAUGGUGCGGGAACCCGAGCGCGGUCCUAAGGAAGUGUGGUGGGUGUGGCAAGACAAGGUAUUGCGACGGGCCGUGUCAGAAGAAGCACUGGUCAGAACACAAGGUCGAGUGCAAAUCGAAGUAAACUCUUUUUCAGCUGUCACUCUCUGUAAU